CCGGGGGCUCCUCUCCUCUCCUCUGCUCUGCUCUGCUCUGCUCUCUUCCCGGGACCGGCGGCGCGCAAUGAUGACGCCCGCCGGGCAGUUGCUGAUCAUUGUGACGGGCCAGAGCCGGAGGACCUAACUGCUGGCGAGAAGCUGGCGGCUGGGGGUGGGGAAGAGCCUUGAAUCUCGAGGUGGGCAGUUGACUCUAAGAUGUCCUUGAGCAGCGGAGCCUCCGGAGGGAAAGGAGUGGACGCCAACCCAGUUGAGACGUACGACAGCGGGGAUGAGUGGGACAUUGGAGUAGGGAAUCUCAUCAUCGAUCUGGACGCCGACCUGGAGAAGGAUCAGCAGAAACUGGAGAUGUCCGGCUCUAAGGAAGUGGGGCUUCCGGCCCCAAACGCCGUAGCCACGCUGCCAGAUAACAUUAAAUUUGUGACUCCGGUGCCAGGCCCUCAGGGGAAAGAAGGCAAAUCCAAAUCCAAGAGGAGUAAGAGUGGCAAGGACAGUGGCAAACCUGCCCCAGGGACUUCCCUGUUCACGCCAAGCGAGGGAGCGGCUAACAAGAAGGAGGCUCAGGGGCGUUCGGACAGCGCCAACCCCGGAGGCCUGGUGGCGGCUAUUGCCCCCAAGGGUUCGGAGAAGGCCACCAAGGCCUCCCGCAGCGUGGCCGGCUCCAAGAAGGAGAAGGAGAGCGGCUCGUCCAAGAGCAAGAAAGAGAGGAGCGAGGGAAGUGGGACUGGCUCGGAGAAGGAUCCUGGGGUCCUCCAACCCCUGGCUUUGGGAGGACGGGGCGGGCAGUACGAUGGUGGGGCAGGAGUGGAUUCGGGUGCCGUGGAGCCUCUUGGGAGUAUAGCCAUCGAACCCGGGGCAGCGCUCAACCCAUUGGGAGUUAAGCCGGAGCCAGAGGAAGGGGACACCGAGUGCAGCCGCCCGCUGAAGAAAGUCAAGGCAGAAAAGAUGGAGUCCCCGGUCUCCACGCCAGCCGUGCUGCCACUGCACCUCUUGGUGCCCGUGGUCAGUAACGACAUCUCAUCCCCCUGUGAACAGAUUAUGGUCCGCACUCGCUCUGUCGGCGUCAACACCUGCGAUGUGGCGCUGGCCACGGAGCCCGAGUGUCUGGGCCCUUGCGAGCCUGGCACCAGUGUCAACCUGGAGGGUAUCGUGUGGCAGGAGACGGAAGACGGCAUGUUGGUGGUGAAUGUGACAUGGAGGAACAAGACCUACGUGGGCACCCUCCUUGACUGCACACGCCACGAUUGGGCUCCUCCCAGGUUCUGCGACUCUCCGACCAGCGACCUGGAGAUGCGCAACGGCCGUGGCAGGGGCAAGCGGAUGCGCCCCAACAGCAACACCCCCGUGAGCGAGACGGCCGCAGCCUCGGACGGCAAGGGGACGAGCAGCAGCAGCAAAACCAGGGCCGGGGCCAACAGCAAGGGCCGCCGAGGCAGCCAGAACUCGUCGGAGCACCGCCCGCCCCCGAGCGGCACCGCCGAGGACGUCAAGGCCAGCCCCUCGUCCGCCAACAAGCGGAAAAACAAGCCGCUGUCGGACAUGGAGCUGAAUUCCAGCUCCGAGGACUCCAAAGGGAGCAAGCGCGUGCGCACCAACUCCAUGGGCUCGGCCUCCGGGCCCCUCCCCGCGGUCAAGGUGGAGCCGGCCGGCCUGGAUCGCAACUGCCCCUCCCCGGUCCUGAUCGACUGCCCCCACCCAAACUGUAACAAGAAGUACAAGCACAUCAACGGGCUCAAGUACCACCAGGCCCACGCCCACACGGACGACGACAGCAAGCCGGAGGCGGACGGGGACAGCGAGUACGGGGAGGAGCCCUCCCUCCACGCCGACCUCGGAAGCUGCAACGGCGCGCCGCCGGCCUCGCAGAAGGGCUCCCUGUCCCCCGCUCGCUCGGCCACCCCCAAAGUCCGGCUCGUGGAGCCCCUCAGCCCCUCCCCCUCGAGCAAGUUCGGCGCCAAGGGCCCCUGCAAGAAGAAGCCAGGCGGGGAGGGGGACCCCGACCCCGGGGCCCUGUCCAACGACGGCUCCGAGGACGGGCCCUCGGUGGCGGACGAGACCAGCAACGACGGCUUCGAGGCCUUGGAGAAGAGGUGCCUGGACAAGGACAGAGCUAAGAAGCCCUCCGGCUCCAAGCCCGAGAAGCUCCCCGCCAAGAGCCUGAAGUCGGCCCGGCCCAUCGCCCCCGCCCUCCCCGCGCAGCCCCUCUACGCCUUCCAGGCGGCCACCUUCGCGGCGUCCAGUCCGGGGUCCUCCUCGGGCCUGCCCCCCACGGUGGUUCAGGCCGUGCCCAACAGCUCUCAGCUGAAGCCCAUUCAGCCCAAGCCCACCGUGAUGGGGGAGCCCUUCGCGGUCAACCCCGCCCUGACCCCAGCCAAGGACAAGAAGAAGAAGGACAAGAAGAAGAAAGAGGCCAAGGACCUGGAGAGCCCCCUGACCCCCGGCAAGGUCGGCCGGGGGGCCGAAGAGGGCAAGAGCCCCUUCAGAGAGGCGGCCGGGGAGCCGGGGACCAAGGGCGAGGGGCUCCUGAACGGCUCGUCGGACCCCCACCAGAGCCGGCUGGCCAGCAUCAAGGCCGAGGCCGACAAGAUCUACAGCUUCACGGACAACGCCCCCAGCCCGUCCAUCGGGAGCGGGAGCCGCCUGGACAGCGCCAGCGCCCCGGCCCAGCCCAUGACCCCCCUGCACGUGGUCACCCAGAACGGGGCCGAGGCCGGCUCCGUCAAGACCAACAGCCCCGCCUACUCCGACAUCUCGGACGCCGGGGAGGACGGGGAGGGCAAGGCGGACGGCGUCAAGGCCAAAGACCCGGACCAGUCGGUCAAGGAGGGGGCCAAGAAAACCCUCUUCCCCCCGCAGCCCCCGAGCAAAGACUCUCCCUAUUACCCGGGCUUCGAGACCUACUACUCGCCGGGCUACCCGCAGUCCAGCCCGGGGGCCCUGACCUCCGGCGGCCCGGCCGGGGCCGAGGGCCAGGCCUCGAAGGCGAAGAAGGAGGAGGAGCCCGAGGGCGGCCCCGAGGCCAAGGGGAAGAGCGAGGGCGGCGAGGACAGCAAGAAGCCCGACCUGGGCGCCGCCGGCCAGCAGCCCUCCGUCAUCCAGCAGCGCCCCAACAUGUACAUGCAGUCCCUGUACUACAACCAGUACGCCUACGUGCCCCCCUACGCGUACAGCGACCAGAGCUACCACUCCCACCUCCUGAGCACCAACCCCGCGUACCGGCAGCAAUACGAAGAGCAGCAGAAGCGGCAGAGCCUGGACCAGCAGCCGCGGGGGCUGGACAAGAAGGCGGAGCUGGGCCUCAAGGAGCGGGAGGCGGCCCUCAAGGAGGACUGGAAGCAGAAGCCGGCCGUCCCCCCGACGCUCACGAAGGCCCCCAGCCUCACCGACCUGGUGAAAUCGGGGCCGAGCAAGGCCGCCAAGGACCCGGGCUCCGACCCGGCCAAGUCGGUCAUCAUCCCCAAGCUGGAGGACUCCUCCAAGCUUCCGGGCCCGGCGGCCGAGGGGCUCAAAGGGAAGCUGAGCGAGGCCGCCGGCCACCUGGGCAAAGAGGCCCCCGAGGCCAAGCCGGGGGCCGAGUGUGGCCGGCAGGCGGAAGUGGACCCCGUGCUCUGGUACCGGCAGGAAGCGGAGCCCCGGAUGUGGACGUACGUCUACCCCGCCAAGUAUUCUGACAUCAAGACGGAGGAUGAGCGGUGGAAGGAGGAGCGGGACCGCAAGUUGAAGGAGGAGCGGAGCCGAAGCAAGGACUCUGUGCCCAAGGAAGAUGGGAAAGAGAGCACGAGCGGCGACUGCAAGCUGCCCCCCUCCGAGGAGUCCCGCCUCGGGGGCAAGGAGCCCCGGCCCAGCGUUCACGUGCCCGUGUCCUCACCCCUGACCCAGCACCAGUCAUACAUCCCCUACAUGCACGGUUACUCUUACAGCCAGUCCUACGACCCCAACCACCCCAGCUACCGGGGCAUGCCCGCCGUCAUGAUGCAGAACUAUCCAGGCUCUUACCUGCCCUCCAGUUACUCCUUCUCCCCAUACGGCAGCAAGGUCUCAGCGAGCGAAGAGGCCGACAAGGCGCGGGCCAGCCCCAGUGUGAGCUGCAAGUCCAGCUCAGAGUCGAAGGCCCUGGACAUCUUGCAGCAGCACGCCAGCCACUACAAGAGCAAGUCGCCUACAGGCUUUUGUCUGUGCCUUCCCUUCCAGAUAAGUGAGAAGGCCUCCCAGGAGAGAGAGCGCGGUGGCUGCGGGGUGGUUGGAGGCAGCGGUGGCUGCAGCAGCGUCGGGGGAGCCGGCGGCGGCGACCGGAGCGUGGAUCGGCCCCGCACCUCCCCCUCCCAGCGUCUGAUGUCCACACACCACCACCACCACCACUUAGGGUACUCGCUGCUCCCCGCACAGUACAACCUGCCCUACGGAGCAGGGCUCUCUUCUACAGCCAUUGUUGCCAGCCAGCAAGGCUCAACUCCCUCACUCUACCCACCCCCCAGGAGGUGAGAAUGGACGUGACGUGACGCGCCGCGCUGCCGGGAUAACCUCAGCCCUCCGUGGGGCUCGUGACCGGCCGCCCCCGACCCCGAGGAGCCGCCGGAGGUGCCAUGAGAUGGCAGUCGAGUGGUGGUGAUCGUCCUGGUCACCGCUCCCACCGGGAAUGGAGGCAGACCCUCCCUCGGCCGUCUCUCCACCACCGGACACGUGGACUCUUCCCUCCUCUUCCUCCUCCUCCUCCUCCUCCUCCUCGGAUGCUGGAGAGCCGGUACUUAGCAACGUAAUUUAUUCUCCCAGCCCCAGCAGUGACUGUUCAAGCCGUAGUGGGGCCAAGGUGCCGGGUGCCAUCUGGGGAGUGUCGCUAAGGGCCCAAGGAAAUCACCGCUCCUUCCCCCAGAUCCCGGCCAGUGCAGCGGCAGCAGCUGCAGCAGGCCGGUGGCUCCUGGGAUGGAAGGGCUGAGGCAGCGCCUGGGGUCUGAAUUCAGCCAGGCGGUCAAACCCCCCACCCCACC